GCAAUCAGAAUCCGGCGAAAAUAAGGAUCAAAAGAAAAACUUUGAAGCUGAAAAUGGAAAGUUAAAUGUAAAUGAGAACGAGAAUGAGAAUUCCAAGAAUUUGAAUUGGAAAUCGAGUACGAAGUCGAGGGGGAGAUCGUGGAAUUGUUUGGAUAGUUGUUGUUGGUUUGUAGGUUAUAUAUGCUCGAUAUGGUGGUUUUUGUUGUUCUCUUACAAUGCAAUGCCGGCGUCUUUCCCGCAGUACGUGACGGAGGCAAUCACAGGGCCGUUGCCAGACCCGCCGGGAGUGAAACUGGCGAAGGAAGGGUUGAAGGCGAAGCAUCCGGUAGUUUUUGUGCCCGGGAUAGUGACUGGAGGGCUAGAGUUGUGGGAAGGGCAUCAGUGUGCUGAAGGGUUGUUUAGAAAGAGGCUCUGGGGUGGUACAUUUGGCGAAAUCUAUAAAAGACCUUUGUGUUGGGCUGAGCACAUGUCACUGGAUAAUGAAACUGGUUUGGAUCCUCCUGGUAUAAGGAUCAGACCUGUAUCUGGACUUGUGGCAGCUGAUUACUUUGCACCAGGUUAUUUUGUAUGGGCUGUUUUGAUAGCUAAUUUGGCGCGCAUCGGAUAUGAAGAGAAAAACAUGUACAUGGCUGCUUAUGAUUGGAGGAUAUCGUUCCAGAAUACUGAGGUUAGAGACCAAACUUUGAGCACUAUAAAGAGUAACAUAGAACUGAUGGUAGCUACAAGUGGUGGAAAAAAGGUGGUGGUAAUUCCUCAUUCAAUGGGUGUUUUGUACUUCCUGCAUUUUAUGAAAUGGGUUGAGGCUCCAGCUCCCAUGGGUGGCGGAGGUGGCUCAGACUGGUGUGCUGAGCAUAUCAAGGCUGUAAUGAAUAUUGGUGGACCAUUUCUGGGUGUCCCAAAAUCAGUUGCUGGGUUACUUUCUGCAGAAGCCAGAGAUAUAGCCGUGGCCAGGGGUAUGGCACCAGGUUUUCUGGAUAUGGAUGUAUUUGGUCUUCAAACUUUGCAACAUGUCAUGCGAAUGACUCGUACCUGGGAUUCAACCAUGUCAAUGAUUCCAAAGGGUGGGGACACUAUUUGGGGUGGCCUUGACUGGUCUCCAGAAGAAGGGUAUGAGUGUAGCCCAAAGAAACCGAAGAACAACAAUAGUGAAGCAGGAGGCCAAAAUGGGUUUGGGAAUCUGGGUAAUGCAACUCAGGUUCAUUACGGAAUAAUGAUUUCAUUUGGGAAGGGUGUAGCUGAGUUACAUUCAUCAAAGCUUGAAAGAGUUGAUUUUAGGGGUGCUAUGAAGGGCAAUCACCUUGCAAAUACAACGUGUCACGAUGUAUGGAAUGAAUACCAUGAUAUGGGUGUUGAGGGUGUCAAAGCUGUUGCAGAUUUUAAGGUUUACACAGCAGGAUCAGUUUUGGAUUUACUUCACUUUGUGGCACCAAAGAUGAUGAAACGAGGUGGUGCACAUUUUUCAUAUGGAAUCGCUGAUGAUCUGGAUGAUGAAAAAUAUGAACACUACAAAUAUUGGUCAAAUCCUUUGGAAACAAAAUUACCAAAUGCCCCAGACAUGGAAAUUUUGUCAAUGUAUGGAGUUGGCAUCCCCACAGAAAGAGCAUAUGUUUACGAGUUUAGUCCUACCCCUGAGUGCUUUACCCCUUUCCGGAUCGAUACCUCAGCUGAAGCUGGAUAUGAAGGUACUUGUUUAAAAGGGGGAGUAUUUUCUGUUGAUGGAGAUGAAACAGUUCCUACACUUAGCGCAGGUUUCAUGUCUGCAAAAGGUUGGCGCGGAAAGACUCGGUUUAAUCCUUCUGGCAUCCGUACCUACAUAAGGGAGUAUAAUCAUGCGCCUCCAGCUAAUCUUCUAGAGGGAAGGGGUACACAAAGUGGUGCUCAUGUUGAUAUAAUGGGAAAUUUUGCACUGAUUGAAGAUAUUCUCAGGGUAGCAGCUGGUGCUACUGGUCAAGACCUUGGCGGAGAUAGAGUGUACUCUGAUAUUUUCAAAUGGUCUGAGAGGAUUAAUUUAAAACUCUAGAUUUUAGAGUGUUCCAGUGCGGAGGCUGAGUCACUAAAGGGGCAGUUGUGCCUGUACAGGAGCAUUACAAUUAGGUUGAAGAGGAAAUAUAAUCCAUCUGUCAUCGGAAGCUGGAUGCUGUUCUCUCAAAAUGAAGUUGUGCAGGCUAAUCUGUAGCGUAUAUUUGUACACUAGCAUAAUGAAUGGGAAACAUGGAUUCUGGUUUGCAUAACAGCGGCCUAUAUCCAUGGCCCCAGAAAUUUUGACCUUUUUUUUUGGGGGGGUUAUUGUUCUUGCGUAAUUAACUAAUCUCUGCAAAAGUUAGAGCGUCUUCUGUUACAAAUUUUGGUAGUCGUAACCAUCAUUUU